AUCCGUCAAAGCCCUGGAGACACUGUCGCACCCAGCUCACGGGGACAGCGGCGAUGCGUCAGGACAUGGAGGUGUGGAAGCAGGUGUUCCAGGAAUUAAUCCGGGAGGUGAAACCACGGCACACAUGGAAACUGACACUAGACAAAAGCCUUCUUCCUAACAUCCUGAAGCCAGGGUGGACACAAUACCAGCAGUGGGCCUUUGCUAGGUUCCAGUGCUCUUCAUGCUCUCGAAAUUGGGCCUCUGCCCAAGUUCAGGUCCUUUUCCACAUGCACUGGAGUGAGGGGAAAUCCAGGGGCCAGGUGAAGAUGAGGGUCUUUGCCCAGAGAUGUCAGAAAUGCUCCCAGCCUUCGUUUGAGGUUCCCGAGUUCACAGAAGAGAACAUCUCAAGGAUCCUGAACAACCUGGUGUUGCAAAUUCUGAAGAAAUGCUAUAGAGAAGGAUUUACGUUGGUGAAGAUUCCUAUGAUCAAGGACAUCUCUCUUGAAGGGCCACAUGACAGUGACAAUUGCGAGGCAUGUCUGCAGGGCUUUUGUGUGCAGAGUAAGUUAGGUCUGGCCGUGUGGUCACCAAUAUCCCCAUUACCUCCCACAGUAAGCUCACCCAUCCUCGGGAUCACCACCGAAAUACCUUCUCCCACGAGGAGUAGCACCGGAGGGGAUGCAGUGAAGAAAAAGAAGGUAUUACCCAGACAGUUGUUUCCUGAGACCACACAAGCUGAGAGCCUCCCCACUUCCUGGAGCCCGAGAGCAAACAUCAACUUCCAGGCAGAGAGAAGAGACCAGAACUCCUUCAACAAUUGCGCUUUCUAUUCCCACAUAGCCCGGCAUACCAGGAGCUUAGGCAUGAGCUGCUGCUGUCUCAUCCUAAUAAUCAUCAUUGUAAUUGUGGUAAAAACCACUAUCUGAGCCUGGAAAGCAUGAUGUUGAGUUUAAAAAAUCAGACACACAGUCAUCUAUUGUAUAAUCCCAUUGAUGCAAAAUAUUCAGAAUAGGUAAGUCUAGAGAUGGCAAGUAGAUUUGUGGCUGCCAAAAAAGGGACUGGGGGGAGAGGGGAAGUGGGGAGCAACUAUUUAAUCUGUAUGGGUUUUUUUCGGGGGGAUGAAAAUAUUUUAGAGGUGAUGGUUGCACAAGACUGUGAAUGCACCAAAUGCCAUUUAUUUGUUCAUUUUAAGAUGGUUAAUUUAAUGUAAAUUUCACCUCAAUUUUAAAAAAAAAAGAACGCUGCAAUUUCAUUCAUUCUCUAGAGAACUGAGACUGAGGCGUUUAUGGCUCACAGAACAGUUUGGAAAUCUUAGGAAACCCGGGGGCCCUCUCCCCAGACGAUUUUGCACAGACCUUCUGAUGUCAAUCUGCGGAGGCAUUUGCCGUCCAAAGCAUUAGUCUGAAAAGCCGGGUUCUAGAGCAGUGGUCUCCACCGAGGAGCUACACGCAGCUGAGGGCUGAGGCAGGACCAUCCGCCAAGGUGGGGAGAUAUCCUUACAACUCCAUUUAAUUUUUGUUUGUACUUAACUAUUUCUUGUCACAUGUUUUAUCAUGUAUGUUAAUAUAUUAGUAGAAUGGUAUAGUGAUAUGAUAAAUAAAUACAGACCCAUUUGGAGUGGGUGUUCAGUUUCUCAUUGACAGGGUUGCAAAAUCAAAAACAUCGUUACAGGGGGACCCUGUUCUGAAGGACCAAGGGUGGAAGUCUGUCCAUGGAUUCUCACCAGGAUUCUGAAACCAAGUUGCUUUCUAUACAAGUUUUCUGUUCUGAUUAAUGAGAAUAAUUUUAAGGCUCAUUCUUACAUCUUUUUUAUCUAGAAAUAGGAAUCCUUCUGUAUAUGUAGCUAAAAUGAAAGCAGUAGUCAUUUACAGCAAAUGCUCCUUUUCACUCGCCCUUGUCUCCUUCUCAUCUGCCUGCCUCUCUCAUCAACGACAGUGGUUCCUGAAAGCACAGGGUUUGUCUGGCUGAGCCCUAGCCUGCAGGCUGCUCCUGCUGGGACAGUCUCUAGAACUUUUUCAUUUUGCAAAACUGAAACUCUGUAGCCAUUAAACAACAACUCCCCUUUUCUCCCUCCCCCAGGCCCUGCUAACUAUCAUUCUUCUUCCUGUUUGUAUGAACCUGCCUACUUUAGAUACCUCAUACAUGUGGAAUUAUAUAGUGUUUGUCUUCUGGUAACUGGCUUAUUUCACUUAGCAUAAUGUCCUCAAGGUUCAUCCAUGUUGUAGCACGUGACAGGAUUUCCUUCCUUUUGGGGGCAGAAUAAUAUUCCACUGUAUGUAUGUACCACAUCCAGUCAUCCAUUGAUAGAUGCUUGGGUUGCUUCCACCUUGUGGCUGUUGUGAGUAGUGCUGCUGUGAACAUGGGUGUACAAUUAUCUCUUUGAGACUCUGCUUGCAACUUUUUUGGCUAUAUACUCAGAAGUGGAAUUGCAAAAUCAUAUGGUAAUUCUACUUUAAUUUUUUGAGGAACUGCCAUAACGUUUUCUACAGCAGCUGCACCAUUUUACAGUCCCACCAUGAGGAUUCCAAUUUCCUCACAUUCUAACCAACACUUAUUUUCUGUUUUUUUAAAUAUAAUAGUCAUAUCAAUGGGUGUAAGGUGAUAUCUCAUAGUACCUUCGAUUUGCAUUUCUAGAAAAUGCAAAUUUUUAUGAUGUAAGCUUACACUUUCAAGGCAGUAUCAGAAAUAAUAUUUGUACAACUCAGCACAGAGAUAACUACUGGGAACACAACAGAAAUGUGUAGUUAAAUUCUUCACAGACUUGCUAUUCAUGUUCAAACGUUUGAGCACAGUCUACAUAUCUGUAUUAGGCAAACUCCAGGAACUUAAAAUGUAAUAGUGGGACAAGACAGAACAAACACAUGCCUAAGAAACAAACAUCUAAGAGAAAAGAGGGUGCCCCAGCAGCCCAUAAAUAGCUGGAAGCUGAGUGACCAGUGAGGUGGGGAAGGCAUGUUGGGUCAUUAAUAUAAAAAGGGGUUCUUAGUGGAAAGCAAAUCAUAAAAUAUUAAAGUGGGGAUCAGCCUUAGAAACUGUCUUCUCCAACUCUAUUUUUUGUAGGUGGGGAAAAUGAGCCUCACCCAAAGUGAAGUGAUUUUUCCCAGGAUUAUACAGUGCAUUUGUGAAAGAGGUGGCCUUGCAAUCCUGGCUCCCUGAGUUCCAAUGUUGACUACCGGCCCCUUCAGGAGGUUACAAAAUAUGUUCAGAAAGUCAAAAAAAUAAACAUGCUCUAAGUGAGAACCAGGGACUUCCCCAGUGGUCCAGUGGCUAAGGCUCUGCACUCCCAAUGCAGGCAGCCCAGGUUUGACCCCUGGUUAGGGAACUAGAUCCCACAUGCCGCAACCAAGAGUUCGCAUGCUGCAACUAAAGAUCCCACAGGCCGCAACGAAGUCUGAAGAUCCUGCGUGCUGCAACUAAGACCCAGUGCAGUUAAAUAAAUAAUUUUUUUAAAAAUCAGUGAUGGAAUUAAAAAAAGAAAAGUGAGAACCAGAUCUUGUUUUGGACCACUUCACUGCUCGUACCUGGGGUUACAGGAGCUACCUGGGGUUGACCAGUCACAACUGAAAUUAGACUGUAGUGUAGCAGCUGAUUACUAAAGACUGAAGUCCUAACCCCAGUGUCCACCCUUCCCUCAAAGCCACAGCUCUACUGGUGCAAGCUCAGCCUUGGGUCCUCUUUGUCUCCCUGGUGAAUUUUACAAUCAAGGCAAGUUCAUCUAUUUAACAUCAUGUCUUCUUUGGUCCUGUUACCAGUGUUUAGCUGCUUUCUUUCCUAAGAAUUAUGAGUGGUGGUAAGGCCCAGUGCUCAACUAUAAUUUGCUUCACCUAUAAUUUAUAUUACGCUGCAAUAAAACGACAUAAGCAUCUCAAUUUUUCAUUCUGAUGAAACAGGUGGAGACUCUAAGCAGAGAUAUUUGAGCUGCCUAUUAACACUGCAGUUUGGCAUCAUUUCAAGUUUUAAAGCUUAGAUUUAAUUUCCUAAUUUUUAGAAAUAAAUCCAAUAUACAUACCAUAAAAUAAGCAUUUAAACCUAUGUACACCACAGAAUGAUAACUAAGAAAACAUACAGAUGACCAAAAGCACAUGAAAAGAUACUCAACAUCAUUAAUUAUUAGAGAAAUACAAAUCAAAAUUACAAUGAGGUAUCACCUCACACCGGUCAGAACGGCCAUCAUCAAAAAGUCUACAAACAAUAAAUGCUGGAGAGGGCAUGGAGAAAAGGGAACCAUCCUACACUGUUGGGGAGAAUGUAAAUUGGUACAACCACUAUGGAGAAUAGUAUGGAGGUUCCUUGAAAAACUAAAAAUAAAACUACCAUAUGACACAGCAAUCCCACUCCUGGGCGUAUAUCUGGAGUAAACCAUACUUCAAAAAGAUACAUGCACCCCAAUGUUCAUUGCAGCACUAUUUACAAUAGCCAAGACAUGGAAGCAACCUAAAUGUCCAUUGACAGAAAAAUGGAUAAAGAUGUGGUACAUAUAUACAAUGGAAUAUUACUCAGUCAUAAAAAAAGAAUGAAAUAAUGCCAUUUGCAGCAACAUGGAUGGACCUAGAGAUGAUCAUGCUAAGAGUAGUAAGUCAGACAGAAAGACAAAUACCACAUGAUAUGUCACUCAUAUGUGGAAUCUAAUUUUUAAAAAUGAUACAAAUGAACUUAUUUACAAAACAGAAACUCACAGAUUUCAAAAACAAAUUUAUGGUUACCAAUGGGGAAAUGUUGUGGGAAGGGAUAAAUUAGGAUCUUGAGAUUAACAUACACACACUAUAAAAUAGAUAACCAACAAGGACCGACCAUACAGCACAGGGAACUCUACUCAAUAUUCUGUAAUAACCUAUACGGGUAAAGAAUCUGAAAAAGAAUGAAUAUAUGUAUAUGUAUAACUGAAUCACUUUCCUGUACACCUGAAACUAAAACAACAUUGUAAAUUGACUAUACUCCAAUAAAAAAAAAAAAGAUAACUAAAAAUAUCUAAGUUUCCUUCCCACUCAGAAAGGGAAAGACAGUAAUUGACAGAAAGGGAAAGACAGUUACUGAUUUCUGGAGAUUACUGCUUACAAUCAUCAUGAGUUACCCUAAACUGGUGUUUGGCAAGCAUGCCAAAUGGUCAUUCUAGAAAGCUAGAGUCAAGAAAUCUGGUGUAAGUCUUGCUAUUAAUUAAAAUGCUCUACUCAAUGAUUUCACCUAAGUGUCUUUGCCCCUUAACUUCCAGCAUAUGAAAAAUGGGUAUAAUAAUAAGCUUUUGGAACCAGAACAUUUUUCUCCUAAGAAUUAUAUUUUCUUUCAUUCAUAUUGCUUUAAUGUUCAUACAUAUAUUCUACUAUGCAAAUUACUUUUCCAAAUUAUGAAUCAGUCCAUAUGCAUCAUGCAAAAUGUUCAAAUCUCUAUUUUUCCACUAAGAUGCUUAUUCUACUUUAGAAUCUUUCUGCAUUUUUACAUUAAUAUGAAUAAAGUAAAUAGUAUUUCUACAAGCCUCAUAU